AUGAAUGCUCUUCCUUAUCCAUCCAUGAAUGGUUCUCCUUAUCCAUCCAUGAAUGGUCUUCCUUAUCCAUCCAUGAAUAUUCUUCCUUAUCCAUCCAUGAAUGGUCUUCCUUAUCCAUCCAUGAAUGCUCUUCCUUUUGCAUCCAUGAAUGGUCUUCCUUUUGCAUCCAUGAAUGGUCUUCCUUUUGCAUCCAUGAAUGGUCUUCCUUAUCCAUCCGUGAAUGGUCUUCCUUAUCCAUCCGUGAAUGGUCUUCCUUAUCCAUCCGUGAAUGGUCUUCCUUAUCCAUCCAUGAAUGGUUCUCCUUAUCCAUCCAUGAAUGGUCUUCCUUAUCCAUCCAUGAAUGGUCUUCCUUAUCCAUCCAUGAAUGCUCUUCCUUUUGCAUCCAUGAAUGGUCUUCCUUUUGCAUCCAUGAAUGGUCUUCCUUAUCCAUCCGUGAAUGGUCUUCCUUAUCCAUCCAUGAAUUGUCUUCCUAUCCAUCCAUGA